AUGAUUCUCCGCAAACUGGAGGGACUAAUUACUUGUAGACUGUCAACUAGUGUAUAUCUUGUUUUCGAGUACACGGAACAUGAUAUUGCUGGUUUAUCAUCUUGUCCUGACAUCAAGUUCAGUGAAUCACAGGUUAAAUUCUAUAUGCAUCAACUACUAUCUGGCCUUGAACACUGUCAUUCAAGAGGUAUAAUGCACAGAGAUAUCAAGGGAUCCAACCUUCUUGUUAGUGAUGAUGAAGCUCUGAAGAUAGCUGAUUUUGGCAUGGAAAAUUUUGUUAGUGUCGGGCACAUUCAACCAUUAACUAUUCGAGUUGUUACUUUAUGGUAUCGGCCUCCUGAAAUUUUGCUUGGAUCCACCAGUUAUGGGCAAUCUGUUGAUCUAUGGAGUGCUGAUCUCGGAAGCCGAGGAAGGACAGAAUUUGCUGGAGAAGGCAGUAAAGAAGUGCAGCAGAAGUUACAGGAAAGUAUGAGAGGCAGUGCUGCUGUUGUUGCAAAAGAAGUGCAAUGCAGGGAAAGAGGUUCAGGUGAUGGCAGUGAUUGCAGGCCAGAGUAUAAGGAGAAACGAGGGUUUCCGCUACAGAUUAGUGAAAUUCAGUGA